GCUCUCAUCCACAAAAUCAACCGGCUUCUACAAAGAUGCCCAUGCUCUCGGAUGGUGGCAAUCACGAACAACUCGAGACAUGCGAAGAUAGUCUGUCGGUGCUAUACCAGCACGACCCACAUCUAGGCGUUCGAUGGGGUAUCUCAGAGAUGCUCACCGAGCCCCUUCUUGUCCUUCCAGAACAGGGACGCAGUACAACGGAUACGGCAAAACUGGACGAAUAUAUUGCGUCGUUCUGCGCACAUCUGGCUGCUUUGAGAAGUCGUCGCAAUCUGACUGUUCCCGCCGUCCGCUUGCCUGACGAGCUCUUAUCGGAAAUCUUCGUGCUCACCUGCUUCUCGGAUAGGCCGCUACUCCGCGGUCGACUACAGUCGUGGACCCACUUGAUGUUGGUAUGUCGACGAUGGCGUGCAAUCGGCGUUUCUACACCCAGUCUCUGGAGCAGGAUGCACGUCGGGACGCGAGCUCGUGACCCAGCGCAUCUAAUCCUACCGUCGCCGCCUCAAAGGAUCCGCUGCAAAAAUCAUCCUCUCACCGUAACUAUCGACCUCGAACGAGACUCAACCGGGCAGGCCACGUGUACCCUGCUGCCGGUUCUCGCACCUCAUUUUGAUCAGUUCAUGUCGCUCAAACUGAGCGGAACAGAAUUUUGUCUACAAAAAUUUCUGGACUCUUACACCGCGAGUCGCCGCGUAGGCUUGCAGAUGUUAUCACUCAUCCUCCAGCCUGCGAACGACCGCGUCCCUUUCGUCCUGUCCCAUGAAGCGACACAAAACAUCGUGCCCUGCCUUCGCACGCUCUACCUCCGAGACGUCGCAGUAGAUUGGGAUGCUCUCCGGGAUCUACAAAGUCUGACGAUGUAUUUCUACUCGUUCCUUGAGAGUGAUGCACCUCAACCGAUAACUCUCUCUGCCCUGCUCUCCAUGCUACGCCGCUCUCCACACCUAACAAAAUUCCACCUCCUAACACGCAAUGGGUUGGACAUGCUAGACGCACAGACAGGAUCUGUUCAUCUUCCUUGCCUCCGUUAUCUCUACCUGACGGCCCAUCCAUUGCUCUGUGCAGCCAUACUCGCUUCUAUCCAUAUGCAAUCAUGGUCCGAAAUCGUUAUUCAGACCUCGGAUGUGCCGGAGAACGAAUACCAGCGCCUUCAUGACGCGCUGGGAGGUUUGUUCGACCGACCUGGCGCGCCCGCGAUGCGUUGCAUGCGCCUCACUAGCAGCCCGGUGGUCCUGUUCGCAACAGACUUGUCAGCGGAUGAACGACAACCUGUCGAAAUUCCAAGGGAGUCGGGAGCGAGGCUCUCUAUAACUGGAUAUCCCGAUGAUAGUCCUGAGAUGCAGGGGCGCCUGCUGGCGCGGCUACUGAGCGCGGUACCUGCCCGAACAAUCACAUCUCUCGAUUGUGGACCUAGGGCCCUGCUGCAGCGGCAAGAUCUCUGCCUCCUGAUACUCCGCGCGCUUCCUUCGCUUCAGUGGAUCUCGUGUCGUGGAGGGCACGACGAGUACCAAAUCUGGUUCGACGCGCUUCGGGACUGGGCUGGCAGCGUUGGGUCGGACCACAAGCUGCGCAGCUUUCGCUGGGACUUGGAGGAGGAUAACUCAGCACCCACCGUCGCAUCGCUCAGCGAGCGCGUCAGACGUGUCUCCAAAGACCUGCAGGAUGUCCUUGACGCAUGCGCGCGAGGCGGAUUGGCGAUACGCAGGCUUGUCAUAUCCUCGGAAUGGCAAUCGCACAACAUGGUGGCAGUAAUUAACCUGGUUACGCACGCUCGUGGGAUGGGCGUAAAGGUCGACAUGGUGCCGGAUUCGGUUUACUGCGAAAUCCUGUUCGCCACUCCAGAGGCGGAGUAGACGGCCGGUCCGGAGGUGUCGUGCUGACCAGAGACGGUGUCAAGUACGGGAGGUGUGGGGAGCUGUCCUGACGGAAAAAUAUGUCCGCAUAACGGAGUAUUACUUAUAUGGAAUGGAUGGCAGUGUCACCUACCGUACCGUAUCAGUGUAUCACUCGACGUUCUGGGGGUUGAAGGUCGAACAUUGAGGCAGAAUACCAUGCAUUGAUAACAGAAGGUGUAUAAGAAACGAGUGUGGUAGCUCACCAUCGAGCUUCGAGGGAGGGUGAAACGCGGAGUAGAAUGUCCUUGUCGAAUAGCACUGUACGUGGGGCUCGCGUCUUUCACGACCGAGCGCUGCGAUAGAUGAUGCUACAGAGGUUGAAUUGUAUAUCACAGGUUGAGCAUGUAUGUACACAUCAGUAUGUAUGUAGGUAGGAGAAGGAACAAGCAAGUACCAUGGGCAUGCAAAAAAGGUGCCAUGGGGGUAUGAUGGAGAUGGCAAGGGUCGAGAAGAUG